CAGCGCUGGCGUAUCCAAAAGGAGAUCGCCAAUGACAUUGUCAAGCUGGCACUAUACGACAUCGUUCUAUACAUCGACGACAGUGGUUCCAUGCAGUUUGAAGAGGAAGGCAGCCGUAUCAAAGACUUGCGCCUUAUUCUGGAACGAGUCUCCUUUGCUGCUACGCUCUUUGACAACGACGGAAUCUCAGUCCGGUGCAUGAACACCGACCUCUCUAAUGCUCGUAACCAACAGGGUCGACCUCUCCAAGAUGGCGUCGCCACUGAGGCUCAGAUCGAAGAGAUCAUGCGUGGUGUGAACUUCAAGGGCCUCACGCCCAUGGGCAGCUCUAUGGAGACAAAGGUCAUCAAUGAGAUAGUACUCCAAAAGGCACGAUCCGGACAGAUGCAGAAGCCAGUACUCGUCAUCGCUAUAACUGAUGGACAACCGGCAGGUGAACAGCCGAACAAAAUCUUUGAUGUCAUCAAAGGAACAUACAGACAACUCCAGUCAACGCCCUAUGGCCGUGGCGCUGUCGCCUUUGAGUUCGCCCAGGUUGGAAAUGAUACGACUGCCAGGGCAUUCCUCGGUAAACUCGAUGAGGACCCUGAGGUUGGCCCUAUGGUUGACUGCACAUCCAACUUUGAAAACGAACAGGAAGAGAUGAUGCGUGCCAACCCACCUGUCGAUCUCACACCGGAUCUUUGGAUCAUCAAGCUUCUUCUUGGUGCUAUUGACCGAAGCUACGAUUCCAAGGAC